CACUUGUGACUUUAUCUACGAAAAGAAAGUGACGUGCAGGAACACUCGUAGUCAGUGUACCAUAAUCCCAAACAUUGAGAAAAAAAAGGGGGACAGAGCACUGUUGCGCAAGCGCAAGGAACAGAGAGGAGAAUUUAAGACCGAUCCAUCAAAAAGGGUCCGCUAUUCUUCUCAGCUUCAGUAUCAAGUCCCAAACGAUUUUAAGUAGAAUCUAAUUUUGUGUGACAAAAAGUUCUCUUGAAUCUUCAGUUAAAAUGACAGCAACAUUAUUACGAACUGAUCUACGAUUUCUAAUUUCCAAUAAGCGUUUUAAGAAAAGAACUAUUUCAGCUUUGUACUGUGGAAUAUCAAAAAAACAAAAUAUUUUACUAAACUACAAUCAGUUUUGUAAAAUAGUUCCGCUAACAUAUAGUACAAGAAGCGUAUAUCAGACGGAUAUUUCUGUAAAUGAACAAGAAAUUGAUAAUGAUUCUGACGCCAAACAAGAAAGGGGACAAACACUUUUUUGGAGAAGGAAAAUGCGGACGUUGCAUAAUCAUUUAGACGUUGAUAAAGAUGGAGUUAUUAGUUACGAUGAUUUUAUAUUAUUUGAGAAAAGAUUUUCUAAUUUAGGACACUUGACUCCAGAAGCAAAAACUGAAUUCAAAACAAUAUUGAAUGAAAUGUGGGAAGAACAAUGGGGAGAAAUUAGUUCAUAUAAUCUUAUUUGCAUUGAAAAAUAUUUGGGAAAAAUGCAACAUGUUCUUAAUGAUUCAGCAUUGAAAAGAAAAUGUCAUCAUUUUUUGCCGUUUUUAUUCAAAGCAGUAGAUAAAGAUCAAAGUGGUGAAAUUUCACAACAAGAAUUUCAGUUGUUUUUCCAAUGUUUAGGACUUACACGUGAUGAUGCAAUUAUUUCCUUCAGCCAUAUUGAUACUAAUGAUGAUGGUAAAAUUAGUUUUGAUGAAUUUAUAACAUUGGGUCGUGAAUUUUUCUUAACAGAAGACCCAACAAAACCUAGUAAAUAUUUCUGGGGUCCAUUGGUGGAUUAA